UUCGGCUGUGGGCAGAGACCGGAAGCGUCUGUGAGCCGGCCCAGCCCCGCGGCCCGUGCUCUGAGGAGACCGGCGCGCUCGACUGGGGAGCCUCGGGCCUCUGUGCUCCCGCGGGAGCCUUCCGCAAGGUCGGCCACGUCUUUGUUGUGCGCGUUCCUGAACUUCUGGUCCAUUAACCAACAAUUGGACGCGCAGGUAUUGAGUGCCUGGCGCGGUGCUAGAUGCUGGGUGCAGCCUCAGAAAAGUAGGUUCUGGGGCGCGCCUGAGGGUGCUGGCUGCUGGGAUCUAGGUGCUCCACGUGCAUUCGUGAAGAAGCCACCAGUGUUUGUUGAAUACCAGAUCUGUAUUUCUGAAUAUGGACCCCAAGCUGAGUGAACCUUUAGCCUCUAAUCUCAACAUGGAUGAAGCUUUGCCAGGCCCUGCUCCUGAAAAUGGAGAUGGCCUUGUGAAAGUGAAGGAGGAAGAUCCCACGUGGGAGCAGGUGUGCAGCUCACUGGAGAGCAGCUCCCACCCUCAGGAGAUUUGCCGCCUGCGCUUUCGGCAGUUCUGCUUUCAGGAGGCUCCUGGACCCCGGGAAGCUCUGGCCCAACUCCGAGAACUUUGUCAUCAAUGGCUGAGACCGGAGAUGCACACCAAGGAACAGAUAAUGGAACUGCUGGUGCUGGAGCAGUUCCUGACCAUCCUGCCCAAGGAUCUCCAGCCCUUUGUGAAGACAUAUCCUCUGGAAAGUGGAGAGGAAGCAGUGACAGUGCUGGAGAAUCUAGAGACAGGAAGUGGAGACACAGGACAACAGGCCUCUGUCUAUAUGCAGGGACAGGACAUGCGCCCAAUGGUGACAGAAUACCAAGGAGUCUCUUUGGAGUGUCAGAGACUCGGGCUCCUGCCUGGGGUAACUACCCUGAAGUGUGAACCUCCACAGCUUACACAAGAGAACCCACAAGAAGUGAGUGGGCCUGUUUCCCAAGGAUCAGCUCAUCUCCAUGAAAAAAAACCCAGAGACGAGGCUGCAAUGCCUGUGUUUAACCCAGUCAGGUCCCAGACACUGGUGAAGACUGAGGAAGGAACAGCCCAGGCCCUUGCUAAAGAGAAGUGGCCGCAUCUGAGUCUGGCUCAGAGGAACCUCUGUGGUAACUCAGCUCAGGAAACAGUUAGGAGCCUCAGCCUGAUGACUGAAGAAAUUGUAACUAAAGAUAGAUUGUUUAAUGCAAAGCAAGAAACUUCUGAAGAAAUAGAAAAAGGUGGAGAGGCCUCAGGAAUGCCCAACAGAGGGUGUGCACUCCAGAUUCCUUGUAGUACUCCUAUCCCUACUGAAAGGACAGUUGCACAUUUGAACACUGUGAAGGGCCAUCACCCAGGUGACCUGUGGGCCCGGAUGCACAUCUCAUCCUUGGAAUAUGCUGCAGGAGACAUUACUCGAAAAGCGAGAAAAAAAGACAAAGCUCGAGUGAGUGAACUGCUCCAAGGCCUUGCAUUCUCUGGUGACUCAGAUGUGGAAAAAGAUAAUGAGCCUGAGACACAGCCUGCUCUAAAGAAGUUAAAGGUGUCACGUUUCCCAGAAAACAGUUGGACCAAAAGAGACAUUAAACCCAACUUUCCAAGCUGGUCAGCGCUGGAUUCUGGACUUUUGAAUCUCAAGAGUGAAAAGUUGAACCCAGUAGAACUUUUUGAAUUAUUUUUUGAUGAUGAAACAUUCAACUUAAUUGUCAAGGAAACCAAUAAUUAUGCUUCUCAGAAAAAUGUCAGCUUGGAAGUCACAGUUCAAGAAAUGAGGUGUGUGUUUGGUGUCCUGCUUUUGAGUGGAUUUAUGAGGCGUCCUAGAAGGGGAAUGUAUUGGGAAAUCUCUGACACCGAUCAGAACCUGGUUAGAGAUGCAAUCAGAAGGGACAGAUUUGAAUUGAUUUUCUCAAACCUGCACUUUGCAGAUAAUGGCCACCUAGAUCAAAAAGAUAAGUUUACAAAGUUGAGGCCUCUCAUAAAACAAAUGAAUAAAAAUUUCCUCUUGUAUGCUCCCCUAGAAGAAAACUAUUGCUUUGAUAAGUCCAUGUGUGAAUGCUUUGAUAGUGACCAAUUCCUGAAUGGAAAGCCUAUUAGAAUUGGCUAUAAAAUUUGGUGUGGUACAACCACACAGGGUUAUCUGGUUUGGUUUGAGCCCUAUCAAGAAGAAUCAGCUGUGAAGGUAGAUGAGGAUCCUGACCUCGGGUUAGGUGGAAAUCUAGUGAUGAACUUCGCUGAUGUUCUUUUAGAAAGAGGUCAGUAUCCCUAUCACCUGUGUUUUGAUAGCUUCUUUACCAGUGUGAAAUUGUUGUCAGCCUUGAAAAAGAAGGGGGUGAGAGCAACUGGAACAAUUCUUGAGAACAGGACUGAAAAAUGUCCCCUUAUGAAUGUAGAACAUAUGAAAAAAAUGGAGAGAGGGUAUUUCGAUUUCCAAGUAGAGGAAAACAAAGAGAUAAUUUUGUGUCGUUGGUAUGGGGAUGACAUUAUCAGUCUGUGCUCCAAUGCUGUGGGCAUAGAACCAGUCAGUGAGAUAAGCUGUUGUGCUGCCGAUGAUGAAGAAAUCCCUCAGAUAAGUCAACCGUCCAUAGUAAAAGUGUAUGAUGAAUGCAAGGAAGGUGUAGCUAAAAUGGAUCAAAUUAUUUCAAAAUAUAGGGUGAGGAUAAGAAGCAAGAAAUGGUACUCAGUUUUGGUGAGCUACAUGAUUGAUGCAGCCAUGAACAAUGCAUGGCACCUGCACAGAGCCUGUAACCCAGGUGCUUCUCUAGACCCAUUGGACUUUUGGAGAUUUGUUGCGCAUUUCUACUUGGAACACAAUGCCGAUCUGUCGGAGUAAGGCACAUAAAAUGGACACAGUGCAGACACAAAUAAGACGUAGAAAAAUAAUAACUGUACAUGGCUGCUGUACCCUCCCAAAGCAAAUCUGAUAUAUGUAAUGAAGUUAUUAAUCAAUUAAUACUUUUAAAAAUCAGAUAUUUAUAUGGAAUUUCAAAGACUAUUGUAACAAAUAAUGUUAAAAAUUAUCUGUGAAAAUGUUGAACUGUAGUACCUUUAUGUCAUAUUUUGUAUCAGACACAGGAAAUAAUUUACUUGUUCAAUUGACUAUUUUGUGCAUUUAAAGAAUGAAAUCCUAUCUCUUAAAAAAUUCCCUGGAGAAUGCCAUUUUAAAAAUGCAAGCAAUGUCAUAGUAACUGUAGAAUGGUGCUGACUCCGUAGUUCCAACUAGAGACACGGCCUAUGAAGUAAGAAUGAUCUAAACAAAACAUAGGUGGUAAGAGACUAAAAACCUUAGCAUUGGUGUAAAACUGGAUCGGAUUGUGUGCAGGUGAGAAGGGUCAGGCAUGGAUACUGAAGGAGAAUGCUAUAAAGGAAAAACCAGAGGUAAAGCAGUGCCUUUGAAUAUUGAAAGGAUAGGUGUAGCCUAUGGUGACUGUGUGAAUUGGCAGCAGAAGCAGAAGAGUAAAGAAAACCGAGGAAACAUGAAGCAAAUCAGAAUAACAAGUCACCAUGAGAGUGAAGGAAAAGAAGAGAGUAAAGCAACAUAAAGCCCAUGUUGAAAUCACCUGAAGAGAUGUCUGGGUUUAAGGUCAUCACUGAACUGAUGGAACUGACUCAGUGAACUUAAGGAGAAACACCUGGAAAAGUGAACAAUAUGGACUGUGAUUCCUUAGUGUUGAAGUCUACUAUUGGCGGAUUAGUCUGCUGGGUAGAGAAGACAGGUUCCAGCUCAUUUCUGUGGGUUAUAGCCACAACAGCUCCUUACCUUUCUUUCAUAUCCUAAAAUUUACAGUCCCUUUCUUGGCUGGAAGGCACGUGGUCAGGUUUGAAUUCUUUGAAGGCAUGUUUAUUAUGUGGAUGACUGGUGAAAGUGUAAGCUGUGCGUAUUGUAGUCACAGAUUCACCUAUUCCAUAUAAGAUGUUCAAAGAAAAUAGAAAUUCAUUAGUUCCUGUAGUCAAUCUUAUAUUUGUGAAAUACAUCACCAGGAUGGUUUUUACUUUUAAA